CAACCAAUAGCGGGCUACGUAGUUACCGCGUCGUAGAUUUUGCCGCGCAAACGUUGCGAUCAUCAUUCGUGAGAUAAUUAACCGAAUAUACUUGGCAGUUGUGACUUUGUUUCAGGUGAGUUUAUAAAAAAUGUUGGAAUCUGAUCAAAGUGACAAAGAGACACAGGAUGAGAGGCCUGCUCUGGAGGUACCUAAUAAGUCCUUAGAUACCAAUGUACCAACACAAAAGAGAAUACACGAAGACUCAUCAGGGGAUGAGAAGUUACAUUCAGUUUCUAAGAAAUUAUGUACUUCUACCGAUAAAGUUACAACCGAAGAUAAUAAUACAGAAUAUAUCCCAGAAGUUAAUGGUAGCGUUAAAGAUGUAAAUGAAUAUGCAAAAAAUAUUAAUACAACUGAUGAUAAAGAUGAUGCAAAAUGUACAUCUAUGGUGGAAGAAAGUACAGGCAGCGAUACAAAAGAAUCGCACGAUUUAAACUCUGAAAAUGAGAACGAAGAAGAAUGUAUUAAUACUAACGACGACGUCAAGACUAAGAUUCCCAGUGAGACCUCAAUGGAUAGCAAUAAGGAUAAUGUAUCUACAGAAUCUGAUACAAAUGUUGAUGCAAAAGGAGAAAUAACAAAGAAGGAAAAAACAGAGAAAGGAGACGAUAACAGUAAACAGAAAAAGAAACACGGUAAAUCACAAAUACAAGAUUCUGAAGUAGUGGAAGGGUUAGAACUUUCAGUAGAAUGUGCCAGUGACAAAGAAACAAGUUCUUCUGAAAGCGAGGAUGAGACGGAUAAAAAACCUAAACCAAAAACGAUAAUUGUUAAAGCUAAACCUAACGAUUCCGAACUUGAUGUUAGUUCUUCAGAGGCAGAGAAAUCAGAUUCACAGGAUGCAACUGAAGUACUGUCUAAACAAAAUGCAAAAAAAGAAAAAAAAAGGGGUCGAACAUCUUUCAGUAAAACAAAAGUUACCGAUUCCGAAGAAAACGAUGACAUUUCGGAUGAAGAUUAUAGUCCGCGAACUAAGAAGAAACUUAAGAAAACUACUGUAAAUAAAAAAGCUGUAAAAUUACCCUCAGAAUCAAAAAGGGGGCGUGGUUCAGUGAAAAAGGCAACUCAAAAUUUGGCUGUAAAGGAUGCGGAAGAGAAGGAGGGUCAUACAUCUUCUAGUAAAGCAAAUGCUACUGAUUCUGAAGAAAAUGAUAGUGUUUCGGAUGAAGAUUAUAGCCCACAAACUAAAAGGAAACUUAAGAAAACAGUAAGUAAAAAAGUUACAAAAUCAUCCUCAGAAUCAAAAAGAGGACGGGGUGCAAUAAAAACGGGAGCUCAAAAGUCAGUUGCGAAGGAGAUGAAAGAGAAAGAAAAGGAUGAGGAUGAAGAUGAGGAAAAGGAUGAGGAGGAGGAAAAGGAGGAACAGGAUGAGGAGGAAGAUGCGGAGAAGGAAGCCGAAAACCCCAAUACAAUAGAUAAUAAGAAAACUGAGGAAAGUCCAUCUGAUGAAGAGUCAGCGAAAAGUAAGAGUGAAAAUGAAAAUGAUAGUGACAAUUCAAAAAAUGAGAAACAAAAACCUGGUACCCAAAAAUCUGAGGAUAAAAGAAUUGAGUCUAUGAAAAAAUUUAUUAGAGCUGCUGGAAUACAUGUAAAAUCUUAUAAUGAACUGUGGGCUGGGUGUAAAACAAUUAAAGCAAAGGUAAUGUGUCUUAAAGAGUUGUUAGAAAAAAAUGGAGUUUUUGGAAGACCAACUUUGGAAAAGUGUAGAACAGUUAAACGCAGAAACGAAAAGUUGAAGGAUGUUGCUGAAUUGAGUACAAGCAAUAUUAUAUCAGAAGGACGUGUUACACGUGCCCAGAGAAAUAAGGAUUCUAACAAGGAGGUAACAAGAACGCCAGAAACUCCUACAAAACACCGCGAAGCACGGAAUUCAUUUAAAAGAGUUUUAAGGGUCGUUGAUAGUGAUUCGGAAUGAAACUUUGAUAAAAUUUGAAGGUAAUUUUUGAAAAUUGUUUAUCAAAUACAUCUACAUUAAUAAUUUACUUACCUGAAUGUGGUAAGUAUAUAUUUCAUCUUUUAAUGUUCGAAAUUACAUAUUACUUACGUUCUCUAUAAGACACAUGCAUAAAGUAAACUGAUACCAACCAAAUUGAAGGUGGAAAUAAGAUAUUAUAAGAUAUUUCGUGUAACUGUAUUUUACAAUAUUUAUAGCA